CGCCGCCGCCGCCGGAGGAGGAGGAGGCGCCAUGUACCUCUACAGCCUCACGCUGCAGCGUCCGACGGGCGCCGUAUGCGCCGUCAUCGGCAGCUUCAGCGGCCGGGACUCUAAGAAGUCCAACGCCGCCGGGUCCUCCACGCAGGAGAUCGCCGUGGCCCGCGGCGGCACGCUCGACCUCCUCCGCCCGGACCCGGAGACGGGCCGCCUCCGCACGCUCCUCUCCGUCGACGUUUUCGGCUCCAUCCGCUCGCUCGCCCAGUUCCGCCUCACCGGGGCCACCAAGGACUACCUCGUCGUCGGCUCCGACUCCGGCCGCCUCGUCAUCCUCGAGUACUCCCCCGACCGCAACCGCUUCGACAAGGUCCACCAGGAGACCUUCGGCAAGUCCGGCUGCCGCCGCAUCGUGCCCGGCCAGCUCCUCUCCGUCGACCCCAAGGGCCGCGCGCUCUGCAUCGCCGCCCUCGAGAAGCAGAAGCUCGUCUACGUCCUCAACCGCGACGCCUCCGCCCGCCUCACCAUCUCCUCCCCGCUCGAGGCGCACAAGUCCCACACCCUCACCUUCGGCCUCACCGCCCUCGACUGCGGAUUCGACAACCCCGUCUUCGGCGCCAUCGAGCUUGAGUACGGUGACUCUGACCGUGACCCUACAGGGCAGGCUGCUGCCCAAGCGCAGAAGGUCCUCACCUUCUACGAGCUCGAUCUGGGGCUCAAUCAUGUUUCACGCAAGGUCUCCGAGCCCAUAGACAACGGUGCUAAUCUGCUUGUCACAGUGCCUGGUGGCGGUGAUGGGCCGAGCGGACUUCUUGUGUGCUGUGACAACUUCGUCCUGUACCGGAACCAGGGCCACCCGGAGGUGCGGGCUGUCAUUCCACGCCGUGUUGACCUCCCGUCUGAGCGUGGCGUCCUCAUAGUUGCUGCCGCCACACAUAGGCAAAAGAGCUUGUUCUUCUUCUUAGUACAGACCGAGUAUGGUGAUAUCUUUAAGGUUGACCUGGAACACAGCGGUGAAGUUGUUACUGAGCUCAGGAUCAAGUAUUUUGACACCAUACCCGUGGCAUCUGCUAUCUGUGUGCUGCGCUCAGGUUUCCUCUUUGCUGCUUCUGAGUUUGGCAAUCAUGCUCUUUACCAGUUCCGUGAUAUUGGCCGGGAUGUGGAUGUCGAGUCCUCCUCAGCGACACUGAUGGAGACAGAGGAGGGGUUCCAGCCAGUAUUUUUCCAUCCGAGGGCGCUCAAGAACCUCAUCCGUAUUGAUGAGAUAGAGAGCCUCAUGCCAAUCAUGGACAUGCGUAUUGCUAAUUUAUUCGAUGAGGAAACGCCCCAGGUGUACACAGCUUGUGGCCGUGGCUCACGCUCCACGAUGCGCAUCCUUAGGCCUGGCCUUGCCAUCAGCGAGAUGGCCCGAUCGAUGCUGCCUGCUGAGCCAAUUGCUGUUUGGACUGUCAAGAAGAAUAUCAACGACAUGUUUGAUGCCUACAUUGUCGUGUCCUUCGCCAAUGUUACACUUGUGCUCUCCAUUGGUGAGACCAUUGAAGAAGUCAGUGAUAGCCAGUUUUUGGACACCACUCACUCACUCGCGGUUUCGCUCCUUGGUGAGGACUCUCUUAUGCAGGUCCACCCGAACGGAAUCAGGCAUAUUAGGGAGGAUGGCCGUGUCAAUGAGUGGAGGACGCCUGGAAAGAAAACAAUCACUAAGGUUGGAUCAAACCGGCUCCAGGUGGUAAUUGCCCUCAGUGGUGGAGAGCUCAUCUAUUUUGAGAUGGACAUGACAGGUCAGCUCAUGGAGGUGGAGAAGCAGGACAUGUCUGGUGAUGUUGCGUGCCUGGCCAUUGCGCCGGUUCCAGAGGGGAGGCAAAGGUCCCGUUUUCUCGCAGUUGGCUCCUAUGAUAAUACCAUCCGGAUACUCUCCCUCGACCCAGAUGACUGCUUGCAGCCUCUGAGUGUACAAAGUGUCUCCUCUGCACCGGAGUCUCUCCUGUUCCUAGAAGUACAGGCUUCAGUUGGUGGUGAGGAUGGUGCAGAUUAUCCAGCCAACCUUUUCCUUAAUGCUGGUUUGCAAAAUGGUGUCCUUUUCCGAACUAAUGUUGACAUGGUCACUGGUCAGCUGUCAGACACACGGUCUCGCUUCCUUGGUCUGAGACCUCCAAAGCUUUUUCCCUGCAUAGUUAGCCACCGACAAGCAAUGCUUUGCCUGUCCAGCCGUCCCUGGCUUGGCUAUAUACAUCAAGGUCACUUCCUCUUGACACCACUGUCUUGCGAUACACUCGAGUCUGCUGCAUCAUUCUCUUCCGAUCAGUGCUCAGAAGGUGUUGUUGCUGUUGCUGGAGAUGCUCUCCGUAUUUUCACCAUCGAGCGUCUUGGAGAGACAUUCAAUGAGACGGCUAUCCCUCUGCGUUACACCCCGAGGAAAUUUGUGAUUCUUCCAAAGAAGAAAUACCUUGCUAUCAUUGAGAGUGACAAGGGUGCAUUUAGUGCAGAACAGCGAGAGGCUGCUAAGAGGGAGUGCCUUGAGGCUGCCGGUGUGUCGGAAAAUGGAAAUGGUAAUGGGGAUCAAAUGGAGAAUGGGGAUGGUCAAGAAGAUGGUGCUGAGGACAGUAACACCCUUCCUGAUGAGCAGUAUGGUUACCCAAAGGCAGAAUCAGAGAAGUGGGUUUCCUGCAUUAGAAUUCUUGAUCCAAGGAGCAAGGACACAACUUGCCUGCUGGAAUUGCAGGACAAUGAGGCGGCUGUCAGUAUAUGCACUGUGAAUUUCCAUGAUAAGGAGUAUGGUACUCUUCUGGCUGUUGGUACUACCAAAGGAUUGCAGUUCUGGCCAAAGAGAAGCCUCGCUUCUGGGUUCAUCCACAUAUACAAGUUUGUGAAUGAAGGGAGAUCACUUGAACUUCUUCACAAAACACAGGUGGAGGAAGUGCCUCUUUCUUUGUGCCAGUUCCAGGGACGUUUGCUUGCAGGUGUUGGUUCAGUUCUCAGAUUAUAUGAUCUUGGGAAGAGAAAGUUGCUCAGAAAAUGUGAAAACAAGCUUUUCCCCAGGACGAUAGUGUCUAUUCAUACUUACCGUGAUAGGAUCUAUGUUGGUGACAUGCAAGAGUCAUUUCAUUACUGCAAGUAUAGACGGGACGAAAACCAGCUAUAUAUCUUCGCUGAUGACAGUGUUCCCAGAUGGCUAACAGCAGCAAAUCACAUAGAUUUUGACACUAUGGCAGGAGCUGACAAGUUUGGCAACAUAUAUUUUGCUCGUCUUCCCCAGGAUCUCUCAGAUGAGAUUGAAGAAGAUCCAACCGGAGGCAAGAUUAAAUGGGAGCAAGGGAAAUUAAAUGGUGCUCCGAACAAGGUGGAGGAGAUUGUGCAGUUUCAUGUUGGUGAUGUUGUGACAUGUUUGCAGAAGGCCUCUUUAAUACCUGGAGGAGGUGAAUGUCUUAUUUAUGGGACUGUAAUGGGUAGUGUGGGAGCACUGCUUGCGUUCACCUCCAGGGAAGAUGUUGACUUCUUCUCUCACUUGGAGAUGCAUCUCCGCCAGGAGCAUCCACCAUUAUGUGGAAGAGAUCACAUGGCCUACAGAUCUGCCUAUUUUCCAGUCAAGGAUGUGAUUGAUGGUGAUCUGUGCGAGCAGUUUCCGUCCCUCCCAGUUGACAUGCAGAGGAAGAUUGCUGAUGAGCUUGACCGAACUCCAGGUGAAAUCCUGAAGAAGCUGGAAGACAUCAGGAACAAAAUCAUCUAGUGCCCGUUGGGUAGCACAAAUGGACCUGACAGCGGAAUGCAACUGUGACGUCCUCAUUGCCGUAAAAUCUGGAUCUCCUUCCCAUCCACCAAUACAGCUCCUGUGGUGGUUUAUGACAGCAUUCCGGUUGUUCGGGAGUCAAGCUGAGUGGACAGGGCCUGCAAUCCCUAGUUAGCCGGAUCAGUAGGAUCGUUGACGUUGUCAACAGUGGCCCAGUUUUCCUUGUAGAUUCAAGCGUGAACAGAAAAUUAUAUGGCUGCACCCGAGUAAUCUUUUGUACCUGUUAGAACAAAUGUUGAAGUUAUUUGGCCUGAUGUAACUAAAUUUGUUUGAUACUGAGGGGUUGAUGCCGCGGUAUGCAGCAGCUUCUUUUCUGAUGCACCA